UAGUCUCAGUUUGCCAAUGGAACCGCUUACAUACAUUUUAUUGCAUUUUAGAGUUUAAUGAUGAAGUAAUUUUACAGUUUAAUGCUGAACUGGAAAUGAAACGAGAAUAAUAUCUAAAGAAGUUUUAUCUAAUUAACAAUUUGUUCAGAUAGUUCCAUGUUUUGUGUGAAAAAAUUGUUUUUUUUUUGUUUUCUGCAGUGUACAUCCAAAAAUGCUUUUUGGUUGUCUGUAUAUAUUUUGUUUUCUUUACAUUCAAUAAUUCAAAAUUGUUUCGUUCUUGCAGAUUAUAUGCAAAAAACUUUUGCCAACAAUUUUCUGCUGCUGUUCCUUUGUUUGCUCUUCAAUAUUAUAUUGGUUUUGUAUUGUUACUCAGGUAUGAAGUAUAAAGUACUGUUAGACUAUUUCUGUAUUCCCUUUAUAAUAUGUACAGCUAAUGUAAUAUCAAAUUUUUUUAACUGUUGUCAUUUUAUUUUGCAGAUUUGGGGAACAGUUUGCAGUCAGAUUCGUUAACUGUUAUUGAUCCAGUUAUGCUGCCGAAUACUGGAACAACAAAAGGAAAAAGAUCCUUGCAACAGAGGGAUCAUUACAUUAAGUCAGAAAGAUGGAAGCAAUUAGUAUCUUAACAAGGCCCGGUGGAAGAAGAAGAGAUUGUGCAGAUCAACAAUGAAGAAAUCGAUCAUCAAGCCAAAUCAAGGACAUCAAAAAGAAGAAAACAAGUAUCUCAACCAAUAAUGACAAGACAGAAUCAGCUUGGGGAAAUGAGCAAUCAGAAUGUUGACAUAAUGGAAGAUCGUGAUCAACAAGAGGUUGGUCAGAUCACAGAUGAAUAUCAACAUUCAUACGGUCAAGCAUCAUAUCAAAGAAGUAGACAAGGAUCCGCUAUUGCAUAUGAAGAUUCAGGUGACAAUGUUUACACAUGUGAUUAUUGCGGUGCAUGUUUUUGGUUUGAUGAAGCUAUUAAACAAACAUCUACAAGAAUAUCACCUAUCUACACAAAUUGUUGCAAAAAAGGACAGAUCAAACUUCCAGAACCAAAACCAACUCCCGAUUUUCUUAGAACACUAUUGGAUCCGAAUAAUGGUUCAGAAAGUAAACUUUUUAGAGAAAACAUCAGCGUUUAUAAUUCAAUGUUUUCUUUUACAUAUAUGGGAGCAACAAUUGAUCAUCGAAUAAAUACUGGAUCAGGUCCUUAUGUUUUCAAAAUCAGUGGUCAAGUCCAUCAUUUAAUGGGUUCUAUAUUACCUUCUGACGGUGAAUCUUCUAAAUAUGCUGAAUUAUAUAAAUAUGAUACAAAAAAUGAGAUUUCAAAUCGUAUUAGUGCUAUUGAUCCUACUCACGUUAAUCAAAACAUCAAACCAUAUAUUGUUGAAGGGCUUAUUAAAAUGUUUGACGAAAUUAAUGAAUUAACAAAACAAUUUUGAACAAUAAGAGAUAAAUUCGAAAAUCAUUCUUUACCUUUAUUUAAUAUGAGCAUACUUGAUUGCUUACCAACUGAUAGCAAACAAUAUGAAAGACCGACAUCUGAUGAAAUCAGCGGUCUAAUUGUUGGCGAUAUUGGACAAUAUAAUUCAAAUAGAGAUAUAAUUGUUGAAUCAAAUGAUAGACAUUUACAAUGAAUUUCCAAAAUACAUCCAAAGUAUAUGUCACUGCAAUAUCCAAUUCUUUUUCCAUAUGGUGAAGAUGGGUAUAAAUCUAAUUUACUAAUGCAAAAAACUUAUGCAAAUUCUCAACAAAAAAGAGAGAGAAUAUCAAUGCGGAGUUAUAUUACAUAUCAAAUUCAAGAUAGACGUAACAUAGAAAAUACUUUAUUACAAGGUGGCC